AAAAGCUUCAAAAAGCGUCCCCCAAAAAUCCAAAUCAGAAUUGGCCUCUCCCUCUCUGUAAAACUGUAUCUUCCCCGCAUCACGUCUCCUUGCACAAAUGUAUAUAAUCCCACUCUCCAUCUCUCCCAAACCACACUUUCCCUAGCCAUUCCAUCCCAAUUCCAACUCAAUUGCCAUUCUAAUGGCUCUAUUAAGCAGACUCCCAUCUUCAACACCAAUUUAUCAAUCAAGAAACCCCAACCCUUCCCUCCAUAGAAAGCUUUUCACCAUCAAUUGCUCGUCCGAUUCGCUAAAGGCGUCACCUUUCACUGAAAAGCACUCAAUCGAGAGGUACCAGCGCGACAGCUGGGUGUACAAGAGCCAGCUGCAGCAGCCCUCGUGCUCCUGCCAGCUCCCCUCCGAUCAAGACUUCGUUAGGGACUAUGACAUAGCUAUGCAGCUCCCGGAGCUCAAGAAGCUGCUUGAGGUUUUGAGGGAGAAGAGGAGAGAUGAAAAUGGGGGUGAGAGGAAGGGGCCUGGCAAUGUGUUCUUGGUGGGGACAGGGCCUGGUGAUGCUGAGCUCUUGACGAUUAAGGCAUUGAGAGUGAUCGAGAGCGCUGAUUUGCUGUUGUAUGAUCGAUUGGUGUCUAAUGAUGUUUUGAAUUUGGUUGGGCCUAAUGCGAAUCUUCUGUAUGUUGGGAAGACUGCUGGAUACCAUAGCAGAACUCAGCAGGAGGAGAUUCAUGAAUUGCUCUUAAGUUUUGCUGAAGCUGGAGCAACUGUUGUAAGGCUUAAAGGUGGAGAUCCUUUGGUAUUUGGAAGGGGUGGAGAGGAGAUGGACUUUCUACAACAACAAGGGAUUGAAGUGAAAGUCAUUCCAGGCAUAACAGCUGCUUCUGGAAUAGCUGCUGAAUUAGGAAUUCCAUUGACACACCGUGGUGUUGCAACUAGUGUUCGAUUUCUAACAGGCCACUCAAGAAAGGGUGGAACGGAUCCUCUGUUUGUCGCAGCGAAUGCUGCUGACCCGGAUUCCACACUUGUAGUCUAUAUGGGCUUGUCGACUCUCCCUUCCCUCGCUUCCAAACUAAUGCAACAUGGUUUGCCAGACAACACACCUGCUGCAGCAAUCGAGCGAGGAACUACUCCUCAACAGCGCAUAGUGUUUGCUGAACUGAAGGACCUUGCUGAUGAAAUAGCAACGAACCAGCUAGUUUCGCCUUCUUUAAUCAUCAUCGGGAAAGUUGUUGCUCUUUCGCCAUUAUGGCCGCAUGCCAUGCUAGAAACUUCCUCCCUGGUCGAAUCUAGAUAACAAGGUUUACACGGAGGUGAAGCAAAGAACCUUGCCUUUGAAGGCACAUUAAACUGAUGGUAGCUUCUCUGGUUGCUUUUUAUGCUCAUCAAUCUGCAUCCCUGCAUCAGGCCUCGAUGCGAGAUUAAGAGCGAUCAUAAGCGUCUCAUGCUUCAUUUUUGCUAGUGGAUUGCGGAAUUAGUUAUUUAUCUUAGUCCAAAUUAUGAUCAUAAUUGGUGACAGAGUUGGUUGUAUUUGAGAGUGUAGGGGUGUCUGUCUCUGUUUUAAACCUAAAAUAAGAGUGUGUUGAUGUUCUUUA